CCCAACGGCUCUGUAACAAACAUUCAAAGUUCCGACCAAUCACCUCUGACUUUAUCAAAGCCAAACCUUAAAAACUCCCACAAAAAAAGCUAAUUCUUCGACCCCACCCCACAUUCCCAGCCGUUACAGCCUUCAUAUGAGCUCAAAAAUCCGAACUUGGCCUUUCCCAUUUUGCGACAAACUCAAAAUCUGCCAAGAAAUGAAUGAUGCAGCAGAAAUCGUUGGAGGGCCGAUUUCCGGCGGCGGCGGCUCGUUGAAGAGAAAGCGGCCGCUCAAGAUCGAGAUCCCAGCUGUAUUGUCCGAGAUUCCCGUCGAUGUUUUUAAGGAAUCUGAUGAUCCCGUGUGCUUCGCUGAUUCCGAUUCUGGGGUCGGCGUUUAUUCGUUGAAGGGUAAGAAGAAGUUCAUGGAAGAUUCCUACAAGGUUUUUGCUUCUGCAAAUGGUGAUAAGAGAUUCUUUGGAGUUUAUGAUGGGCAUGGAGGAAGCAAGGCAGCAGCAUUUGUGAAAGAGAAUCUGCAUCUGAAGAUUUUUGAGAUGUUAGAAAGCAUCUCAGAAAAUAAAGAGAAAGAAGCAGCAUGCAAGGCAGGCUAUCUGAAAACAGAUGAGGAAUUCUUGAAACAGGGGUUGGAUAGUGGUGCUUGCUGUGUGACUGCACUGAUUGAUGGGAGGGAAAUGGUGGUUUCAAACUUGGGUGACUGCAGAGCAGUUCUGUGUAUGGGAGGUGGCUCGGCCGAGGCUCUAACGACGGACCACAGACCGACUCGAGAGGAGGAGCGAAGGCGAAUAGAGGAUAAGGGUGGAUAUGUGGAGAUUCAUCGCGGAACUUGGAGGGUUCAUGGCACGCUCGCGGUGUCCAGAAGCAUCGGAGAUGCUCAUCUCAAGGACUGGGUGAUGGCGGAGCCUGACACGAAGGUCGUAUGCUUGGAUCCGGAUAUGAAGUAUCUCGUCUUGGCGUCAGACGGCCUCUGGGAAGAGGUGAGCAAUGAGGAAGCAGUGGGUGUCGUGAUGCAGUCGUGUUCGAGUGGGAAGAAGCAACGGAUGAGCCACCCUAGCGGCCGGAGAAUGGCCAGCAUACGUGGUGGGGAUGGAAGCCCUCCGGCCAAGUCCAGGAGGAUAUCAGUGGCGAAGCAGACGAAGAAGAUGAAGGCCCGUUUCCCAGAUAACGAGAACAGAGCCUUGAACGAGAGACGGCUUCUAGCUGCGUGCAAGAAGCUUGCUGAUCUUGCUGUUGAUAGGGGUAGUUUGGAUGACAUAACUGUGAUGAUCAUUGAUUUGAACCAUUAUAACAUGAAUCCUUAGUAGUUGCUAAGUAGCUUCUGAUCUAUACUAUAAAUGUGUUCUUUUUCGACA